AUGGCCGCCAGCUCGGACGCUCCUCAUUGGCUGAAUUUUCCUCUCAAUGGCCGAGCGGAAGACGGGCCGAGGCGACAACCCUCCUAAUGCCUCUUCUACACAAGCUGCCACUCUGAAACCUCAAACUCCGCCUUUUUUGGGCAACAUUUCCUCAUUGGUUUGAAUCGUAUGGUUUAGGAUGAUGGAGACAAUUACUUGUGCGGGGGUGACGUUGGACCUCCCUUCUGAGAUGUGUCAAGACAUUUCGCUGCUCUUUGAGGUGAUCUCUCCUGAUACAUGGAACAACCACCUCACAGAUGAGCACCGGGAAAUGCUCAUGGGCUUCUUACCUGAUUUCCCCGAAAAUGACCUGGAGGAAAAGACACGUACCUUGGAAAUGUUCUUCAUGGAUCAGAACUUUAGGCAUGGCACACCACUACGAUUAUUCCAUGAACAACUGUCAAAGGGCUUCUUCAACCCAGAGAUCUCAAAAAUGAGAGCUCUGCAUAAGAAGAUUCUUUACAGGGAAUACAGGUACCGCCAGAAGCAAUAUGUCCACCACACCUUGGAAGAAAUCUUAGUGCGCAGAAAAAGAGUGUUGGACAUAGUGAGCAACAUGCCUCCAGAUGACGUGCCAAAGAUCCCUCGCCUGCCUCCUUUGCAUAACAAGAGAAAAAGCUCCCGGACGUCAAUAGAAUACAGGACAAAAAAGCGUUAUUUUCGUGAGUUAGCAGCUAUCAAAGCAGAACUUGGUGAUGCAAGUGACUUUUCAGAAGAUGAAAUUUAUCCAGAAGGACCAGGAGCUUCCUUGAAUAAAAAGCAACGCCGUCAGCUAGGAGGACUGGAAAGGUUUUCCUUCCUCGUCUGUUGCCUGUCCGGGCCACACAUAGUAGUGGCUCCCUGGCACUGGAUUUAGAGCUAAAGAUUACUCCAACUAGUAAUCCAUUGGACCUAACAGAUGACCAUUUUAGGGCAAUGCUGACUGCCCACAGACUGCGUCGGAAUAAGAGAGAGUCAUCUGUUGAUUUAGACACAAGGGGCAUAACACUCCAAGAUGUCAUUACAAGAGCUCAGGUGCAGAGCAAGAGACCCCCACAAAGAAAUGUAAUUUCACCUCUGUUGCUUGAGAAACCAAAGAAAAAGAUUAAGGUAAAGAAGGAAGUCUCCUCCCCACAAGUUCCCUCCACUAUCCUGACUGACCUCCCUGUCAUCCCGAAGACAGAGAUUGCAAGUGACUCUGAGUCAUCCUCCUCUUCCUCCUCAUCCUCCCAAAGGCUCAGAGGACAGAU